GUGUAUACAAUAUACCAAUCACUUCACUCAAUCAUAACACACACAUAAACAUUACUCCCCUCGAUCCAAUCAAACACUCUCCUCACAACAAUCGUCCAACCGAUCAACCAAUCAAUAAAACCCACCCACAAAAGAAAUCAUGUCCCCAAUAAUCCGACAAGUCGCCUCACGUCGCGCCUUUUCCAUCCUUACACAAGCUCGCCAACUAGCACGUGGCUUCGAACCUCAUCCAUUCGAACGCUAUCCCAUUUCUCAACAAGCUGCUAAAUCCGAUUGGGCCAAACUAGUUAAGAGGACUGCUGGAAAUGCUGUAUUAUAUUUCCCCGGUUUUGCACUUGUACUUGGAUGGCCAUUGAUGGCCGAGAAGGCCCUGAGGAGAACUUGAGUUUAAUUCGGGGUGUGGAAAAAGAUACAAGAUGGGGAAAAAAAAUAUAUGUGUGGGAUGAAUGGCGGGGUGGAUGAGCUGUUUCUUGUGCACAGGUAAUGGAGUUUCUGGAUAGGCAUUUGGGUGGCAGUUUAAGGAAUAUGGUGAUUAGGCAGUUUCUAGAAACAUAGAUGAAUAAUACAAGAUAUAAAAAUACA